UUGGUUACAGCUAAGCAAUGACAAGGGCUUUGACACAAUGAGCCGAAACUUUCAACAUGGCCGCUUUCUGAAAUAGAAAAAUCGCCUUUCUCCAACAGAUUUUCUAUUUUUACUCCGAGGUAUUGUACGCUGAUUCGGUAAAAGCCAUAGAUUUUGAGGAGAAUAUAGCUGCGACUCUUAAGCCAAAGCUAGAAGGAUGGGAGUACCGAAGUUUUACCGCUGGACCAGCGAGAGGUACCCCUGCCUCAGUGAAGUUGUCAAGGAAAAUCAGAUUCCUGAGUUUGACAACUUGUACUUGGACAUGAACGGCAUCAUCCACCAGUGUUCCUUGCUGACAUUUUCCACUACAUCGAGUUCCUUUUCCGUAUCAUCAAGCCGAGGAAAGUUUUCUUCAUGGCAGUUGACGGUGUCGCUCCUCGUGCUAAGAUGAACCAGCAGAGAGGCAGGAGGUUUAGGUCUGCUCGUGAAGCUGAAGAAAGCCAGAAGAAGGCCCUGGAGAAGGGAGAGGUUCUGCCCACGGAGGAGAGAUUCGACUCCAACUGUAUCACUCCUGGUACUCAUUUCAUGGUGCGCCUGAACGAGCAGCUGAAGUACUUUGUGAACAAGAAGAUCACAACUGACAGGAUGUGGCAGGGCAUCAGGGUCUAUCUGUCUGGUCAUGAGUCUCCAGGUGAGGGUGAACACAAGAUCAUGGAGUUCAUCCGCUAUGAGAAGUCUCGGCCGGAGUACGAUGCCAACACCCGUCACUGUCUGUACGGCCUGGACGCUGAUCUGAUCAUGUUAGGACUAACUUCUCAUGAACCACAUUUCUCCUUGCUGAGAGAGGAAGUGAAGUUUGGAGGAAAGAAGUCUCAGAAAAGAAUCUCAGUCCCAGAAGAAAUCACCUUCCACCUGCUUCACCUGUCCCUGAUGAGGGAGUACCUGGAUUUUGAGUUCCAGGAGUUAAAGGACAAGUUGUCGUUUGGCUAUGAUCUUGAGAGAAUCAUCGAUGACUGGGUCCUGAUGGGUUUCCUGGUUGGGAAUGACUUCAUCCCCCACCUCCCCAACCUCCACAUCCACCACAGUGGACUGCCUCUCCUCUACCGGACCUACAUCAAUGUCAUGCCCACACUGGAUGGUUACCUCAAUGAAGGAGGGACACUUAACCUUCAGAGGUUUGAAAAGUUUCUUGAAGCUCUGGCUGCUUUCGAUCGUGAGCACUUCCGGGAGAUCUUCAGCGAUCUCAACUGGCUGGCAGGGAAGACGGGAGGCGCGCCCGGUAGAGGACGGAAGAGUGGAGCGAGGAAGUCCACCACGCCACAGCGAGCGAACGGGCGACAGUCGCUCCCGUCUAAAGGCGGUAAGAGGAAGAAACGUGUAUCAG